AUGAGAGCAAUGAACGCUUUUGUUCCUCUUCCUGUGCCAAAACAAUAGAUUUUAAAAUAAAAUAUAAAAAAGAAAAGGAAAAAGAAAAAGAAAAAGAAAAAAGCGAGUAGAUUAAUAAAUUACGAAAAAAUAAAGUAAUGGUACUUCAAAAUCUCCGCUUACACUUCGGUCGCUUCCUCUGCGUUCCGCUAACCGUUACCGUUGUCCUCUCUUCCGCGAUUUCUUUUCCUUCCGCCGCCGUAUCCCUCUCUCAUAAUCAUCACCACCGCCAGCACCGUCUCUUCGCUACCGAAUCGCCGAUGACUUCGCCGGUGCAGUCUCAGUCUCCGCUUCCUCCUGUGGCGAAGAAGGUGGAGCACGUGCUGGAGAUGUUCGGCGACGUGAGGAUCGACAACUACUAUUGGCUCCGAGACGAUUCCCGCUCCAAUCCUGAAGUGCUCUCCUACCUCCGCCAGGAGAAUGCCUACACCGAUUCCAUCAUGUCCGAAACUAAGGAACUUGAAGAUAAGCUUUUUUCUGAGAUAAGAGGAAGGAUUAAGGAGGAUGAUAUCUCUGCACCCUUACGCAAAGGGCCUUAUUACUAUUACGAGAGAACUUUGGAAGGGAAGGAAUAUGUUCAACAUUGUAGGCGCCUUAUAUCUGAUAGCCAAAAGGUGCCAUCUGUGUACGACACCAUGCCCUCAGGACCUGAAGCUCCUCGGGAGCAUGUAAUUUUGGAUGAGAAUGUCAAGGCACAACAUCACAAAUACUACAGUAUUGGUGCUUUUGAGGUUAGCCCAAAUAACAAGUUAGUAGCAUAUGCAGAAGACACCAAAGGAGAUGAAAUAUAUACUGUUUAUGUCAUUGAUGCUGAGACUCAAGCUCCAAUUGGAGAGCCCCUUGUUGGUGUAACAGCAUACCUUGAAUGGGCUGGAGAUGAUGCUUUAGUUUAUAUCACAAUGGAUGAGAUUCUCAGGCCUGACAAGGCAUGGUUUCAUUUGUUGGGAACAGAGCAAUCAAAGGAUACUUGUCUUUAUGUGGAAAAGGACAAUACAUUUUCUCUCGAUCUUCAAGCUUCAGAGAGCAAGAAAUAUUUGUUUGUUGCAUCAGAGAGUAAAAAUACAAGAUUCAAUUUUUAUCUGGAUGUUUCCAAGCCUGAAGAGGGUCUUAAAGUUCUGACACCACGUGUGGAUGGUAUUGACACAAGUGUCAGCCAUCGUGGAGAUCAUUUCUUUAUUAAGAGGAGAAGUGAUCAGUUUUUCAAUUCAGAGGUUGUAGCUUGUGCUGUACAUAACACGACCUCAACUAUAGAUCUUAUUCCCCACAGGGAAAGUGUUAAAAUUCAGGAGAUAAAACUUUUUAGUGAUCAUCUUGUUGCGUACGAGAGAGAAGAUGGUCUACAAAAAAUAACAGUUUAUCACCUUCCACCUAUUGGUGAACCACUAAAGAGCCUUGAAAGCGGUCAGGCGGUUAGUUUUAUUGAUCCAGUAUACUCAGUGGAAUCUUCAGAGUCAGAGUUUUCAUCAAGUAUUUUACGGUUUUCAUAUAGCUCAUUGAGGACUCCCUCCUCUGUAUAUGAUUAUGACAUGAAGGCAGGUGUUUCAGUUUUGAAGAAGAUUGAUUCGGUUCUGGGAGGCUUUGAUGCAACACGUUAUGUCACUGAAAGGCAGUGGGCACGUGCUUCUGAUGGAACUUUGAUUCCCAUAUCAAUUGUUUACCGAGAAGAUCUUGUGAAACUUGAUGGAUCAGAUCCAUUACUACUUUAUGGCUAUGGGUCAUAUGAGAUAUGCAUAGAUCCCAGUUUCAAGUCAGCAAGGCUUUCUUUGUUAGAUCGAGGUUUUAUAUAUGCAAUAGCUCAUAUACGUGGAGGUGGUGAGAUGGGGAGGCAGUGGUAUGAGAAUGGGAAGCUGUUGAAGAAAAGGAACACUUUCACUGAUUUUAUUGCAUGUGCUGAGUAUUUAAUUGAAAAAAAAUUCUGUUCUAAAGAAAGACUGUGCAUUAAUGGAAGAAGUGCUGGGGGUCUGCUAAUUGGUGCAGUUCUUAAUAUGAGACCAGACUUAUUCAAGGCUGCUGUUGCUGGAGUACCUUUUGUGGAUGUUGUGACAACAAUGCUUGAUCCAACUAUUCCUCUCACUACCUCAGAAUGGGAGGAAUGGGGUGAUCCUAGGAAGGAGGAUUUCUACUUCUACAUGAAAUCAUAUUCCCCCGUUGAUAACGUGAGGGCACAGAAUUAUCCACACAUUCUUGUUACAGCUGGAUUAAAUGACCCACGGGUUUUGUAUUCUGAACCUGCAAAGUUUGUGGCAAAACUGAGGGAUAUGAAGACUGAUGAUAACAUACUGCUGUUUAAAUGCGAGCUUGGUGCUGGGCAUUUUUCAAAGUCGGGAAGGUUUGAGAAGCUCCAGGAGGAUGCCUUCACAUAUGUAUUCAUCCUGAAAGCUCUAAACUUAACUAGUCAGCUUUAAUCUUGAGAUGCAGUCAAGAGAUGGACCCAUUAGUACAUCCAUGGCUCGAGUGAGAUCAACUGCGUAUAUACCCUGCCUCUGAGCUUAUAAUGGCAGUCGUUUGGGUGGUGUUGGGAUUACAUUGCCAACAAGUUCGGGAGAAACCUGCAGUUAUCUUAUUUACAAUUCAGAAAGCAUCCCAUUGUCGCAAUUCUGUUAGUAAUUGAUCUUAUUAAUGGAGGAUGUGGCAGUUAAGGAUGACACAUUUGUGCGGUUUUGGAUUUCAUGCAAUGGCUUAUUUUUAAAAAAAUGUCUGAAUGUGUUACCAUAGAUUUGGAUUAACAAUAAUAUAUGUCACAAUAUUUUUUGGUCUGUUAUUGGCUCUCAAAUGUUUGGAAGUCACAUUAGAUGCUCCGACUCUC